AUGGCUCUGCUACGUCGGCUGGCUGUGAACGCGCCCCGUGGCGUCCGAGUUUUGUCCACGCCGCCACCGUCUCGCGACGAGCUAGAUCUAACCUUCAACAGUCCGAGAGAUGCGUUCAAGAGCAAGAAAACUAGCGAACUGGUCCGGGCGUACCUCGUAUAUCAAAUAUGUUCGAUCAACUGGGUUGUCGAGAACAAUGCUAUGUUGAUGAAGCGGCUCCGCCAGCUGGUCGGCCAGAGGCUGUUCGAAGCCAUCAUGAAGGCUACCUUCUACGGCCAGUUCGUGGCAGGCGAGGAUCAAAUCAAGAUACAGCCGACACUCGACAGGCUGCGGUCUUUCGGUGUGAAGCCGAUCCUCGAUUACUCUGUGGAGGAAGAUCUCUCCCAAGAGGAGGCUGAGAAGCGCGAAGUGAGUGCUUCGAUAUCUACGUGCGGGGACACUCAAGAGGAGGGUCAGCUGAAGCAGUACCACGUGGAGCAGAGGUUCGCUGAUCGACGGUACAAGGUCACCAGCGCCAGGACAUACUUCUACCUGAACGAGGCAUCGUGCGAGAAGAACAUGGAGGCGUUCAUGAACAGCAUCGACACAGUCGCCAAAAUAACCAAGAGCACUGGACUCAUGGCCGUGAAACUAACAGCCCUCGGAAGACCACAAUUACUUCUCCAGCUGUCCGAGGUCAUUAUGCGCGCUCGAAGCUAUAUGCAACAGAUAGCCGGUGGUACUGGGAACGUGCUAGCUCAUCACAAAACCAUAGAAGACCUUCAGAGAUAUCUCGGGGAUUACAGCGCUAGGCCCGAAGUACAGGACUUCAUGAACAAGGUCACCUCUGAUAAGGAAGGUAUCGUGCAUCUGUUCCCGUGGUCGAACAUUCUAGAUAAGGACAUGGGUUUGUCGGAUUCAUUCCGCGUGCCUGAUCCUAAAACCGGUCAGAUGCGGCGUCUCAUCUCACAGAUAUCUCCGAAAGAGGAGGAGAUGUUCAGGAACAUGUUGCGGCGUCUCAACAAUAUCAUACAAGUAGCCAACGAGCAUGACGUAAGGAUCAUGAUAGACGCCGAACAGACGUACUUCCAACCGGCCAUCUCGAGGAUCUGCCUCGAAAUGAUGAGGAGGUACAACAAGAACAAAUUCCUCGUAUUCAAUACGUACCAGACCUAUCUGAAGAACACGUACAACGAGAUAGUCACUGACCUCGAACAGGCGCAGCGUCAGAACUUCUACUGGGGAGCCAAGUUGGUACGAGGGGCAUACAUAGAACAGGAACGUGCCCGUUCAGCCGCUAUGGGCUAUGAGGAUCCCACUUGUGAGAGCGUCGACGCUACGACAGCAUCCUUCCACCGCUGUCUCAAGGAAAUACUCAGCCGGGUUAAGAACGAGCAGAACGAUCGUCUCGGUAUAAUGGUUGCUUCUCACAAUGAGGACACUGUUCGUUAUGCCAUCCAGUUAAUGAAGGAACAUGGCAUCGGACCUGGUGAUAAGGUUGUCUGCUUCGGACAACUACUGGGCAUGUGUGAUCACAUCACAUUCCCAUUGGGUCAAGCAGGUUAUUCGGCUUACAAGUAUGUUCCCUACGGUCCCGUGUUGGAAGUCCUGCCAUACCUGUCCCGUAGAGCUAAUGAGAACAGAGGCUUCCUCCAGAAGAUCAAGAAGGAAAAGGGUCUGCUCCUCAAAGAGAUAUUCCGUAGAAUGUUCAGCGGACAGCUGUUCUACAAACCAUCCGGAAACUAUACACCGGUUUAA